GGAAGACACAAGCAACCCGCUUCCAAAGACAGUCAAAACUCAAAACUUUUGAUUUCCAACGUCCAACUCCCGCAGCUGGCAGCCUAAGUUCAUCCGGUGAUAUUGGAGCUAUCCGGUGUCCAUUGGAGGGAAGAACUCAUGGCACUGGCGUGAAAAAACUGUGCCAUGUUGAAUGGCCGCAACCUGCUGGGAAAAUUGUUCAGCUCUGUUCGGAGAUGGUGCAUCUGCGGCAAUCGCGCCUUGUUGCUUGGGAACGCCUUAUUGCUCUGCAGCCUCUACAUCGUCCAUUUCCACAAGGAACUGGGGAGAAGAGAGGCAUUGGAAGCUGCCGUGGAGGAGCUGCAUCAAGCACUGGCCUCCAGCAGCGAUGCAUUGCAGGAUGCCCGAAACCAGGUGGUGGCCCUCACCGAAAUGGCGACAAGGCAUCAAGGUGGACUUCAGGCAUGCGAGAAGAGAGGAAAGGAGCUGGUGCAACAGUUGGAGGCCUCGCUUCACACCGAAGAGGAUAAGCAGAAGAAACUCCAAGGUUGCACAGAGGAGUUGGACGUGGCGUUGUCGGCCCUCAACGCGUCGAGAGAGCAGCAGGGCUCGGCGGCUCAAGCAGUGAAGUGCUGCGAAUCCGUGCCUAUGUGUAAUCUUUGCCGAAUAAGAAGAUAACAUGAUUCAAAAAUA